AUGGACAGAGAACUAUUGGCUAUUGUUUACGCCAUCGAGAAAUGGAUCACUCUAUUGGAAGUAGCCCCGCACAUACGAGUCAGAACGGAUCACAAGAACUUGGAAACGGAAUUGAAACCGACGAUCAUUAACCGAAGAAGGAACAGAAGGAUACAUGGGGCGAGUUACGCCAUAACGCCUCAGUCAGAGCACUUACGCCGAAAGAAGAACAACAGUUAUUCGACUACGUGGAACAGAACCUCAGACGAGGUUACAUACGACCAAGCACAGCCAAAUUAUCAUGUGGAAUCAUCUGGGUACCAAAGAAGAACACGGAUAAAUUACGAAUGUGUAUCGAUUUUAGACCAGUCAACACGAAAACCAAGAAGGUUGUACAUGCACCGCCACCAGGCCCAGCUUUCAGAAACCGAAUUUUACGACAUGGAUGGUAUGCGAAAUACGACAUCAAAGAGGCUUACUACCACAUACGGGUAUUACCAAAAGACAUAUGGAAAACAACAUUCCGGUGCAACCUCGGAACUUUUGAAUAUACACAAAUGCCUUUCAGACUUAUCAACAUACUAGUCUACUUUC